CUCUCAUUUCAAAUCUACUUCAACUCAUUAUUUCCUUUCUUCGAGUUUUCUCUGUUUGCUUCCGUCACAACUCAAAAACCGUACACAAAAUGGGCAAGGAUCUGAGCGACGAGCAAGUCUCAUCAAUGAAGGAGGCUUUCACUCUCUUCGACACCGACGGUGACGGCAAGAUCGCUCCAUCGGAGCUAGGGAUCCUAAUGAGGUCUCUCGGCGGUAACCCCACCCAAGCCCAACUCAAAGCUAUUAUCGCUGAAGAGAAGCUCACGGCGCCCUUUGACUUCCCUCGCUUUUUAGAUCUCAUGUCCAAGCAUAUGAAACCUGAGCCCUUCGAUAGGCAGCUACGCGAUGCUUUCAAGGUUCUGGAUAAGGACAAUACUGGCUUUGUCUCCGUUGCAGAUCUGAGACAUAUACUGACUAGCAUCGGAGAGAAGCUGGAGCCCUCGGAGUUCGAUGAGUGGAUCAGGGAAGUGGAUGUCGGGCCAGAUGGGAAGAUCCGUUACGAGGAAUUCAUUGCCAGGAUGGUUGCUAAGUGAGAAAGCUUAUUAACGUUUGUUUUCCUUGCUUGUUUUUUUCUUUUUGGGGGAACUAGGCUUUGAUCCGGCGGAGGAUAUUGUGUUUUCAAUUUUUUGUUUCUUUUUGGUUUGUUUCUAUGGAACCUUUGGAACUAAUGGUAACACUCUUUCUUAGAGAAUUUGAUUGGUGUGUGGUACUUAUGUAUUCUCAUAUUAAUAUUCUUGUGUUUGGUUUAAUUUUGUAUUAUAAAUUUCUAUAUCUUCCUCCA